ACAUUAUUUUCAUCGCGUAAUAGAAGGUCUACAAAAUGGAGAAUACACAGAAAAUAUUACUCUCUUUGUGCGUGGGGUGUCUUCUAUUUGCAUCUUUCAUAUGGCGUGUUGCUGGAGAUGUACCAGACGGUUUCGUUCGCACGGAUCUCCACAAAUCCAUCAAAAAGGGGGACGAUAUUGUGCUUAACUGUGAGUUUUACCGAUCGCCCGUGGCUGUCUACUGGAAGAAAGGAGAUAAACCGGAAACUGCAGACAAUCUUCUCAUCUGGGUAGAUAGGGACGGGGUAGGGCAAAUCUCCGGACCAUGCACCGAGGACAGUCGGUAUGGCAUGGCUUCCAAUUACACUCUGACCAUCAGAGAUGCCCGGAUAGAAGAUGAAGGUCGAUACAUAUGCCGGGUCUCGAACUAUCUUGGUAUCCUGAUAUACAACCAAACAGAUGUGAAAAUCUUUGCUCCCCCACAAGAACCAUUUCCAACUAUCAACCAGUGUACUGAUACAGUAUCACCUGGACUAAAUACCACAGAGCCAUCAUGUCGUGUCUUGACUAAUACAACCAUCGUCUUAACUUGCUCAGUGACGAACUACUACCCUCAGAUAGACAUUUUCUUCUUGCACGGUUCUCAGAAGAUGAAUGCCGUUGCCAAGGAAUGGGGUAAUGAUGACGGGACGAAAAAUAAGUCUAUUUCCAUUGAAGCCCAGCCGAGUCAAACUCAAUACAUUUGUGUUGCUUCUAAUAUUCCUGGGACAGGAGAACAGCAAGCCGCAACGAUCUUCGUGGAAUCAUCGACUGGAAUGCACUCGGUUACAGGAACGAGUAGAGCAUUCACAACUGAUAUUACGAAAGAAGACAAAAGUGGUAACCAUGCAGCCAAAAUUGUUGUUCCACUGUUCGUCCUUAUUCUUCUUGGAGCGAUUGCAGUGUUUCUUCGGUUGAAACGUAUUGCGUGUUUUCGGCAGAACACUUUUGAUGGCACUACAACAACGGAUCGUACUAUCGCGAGAAAUGAUGGCCAGGAAAGUAUCCCUAUGAUUGAACAAGCACAUAUUGAUGGAGACAUAUCAUUCUAUGAGCUAUGGUCACUCGCGUAUGACACACCAAGCAGUGAUAUGAAGAAAUUACAUCAGGCCCUUCUUAAUCUUGGUAUUAAGGAUGCAACAGAAGAGAUGAGGGCACCUGAAGUAUACAAUCUUCUCUGCAAAUGGAAAGAUGAACAUAGAAAAAAUAAACAUGCCAACAAACUUCAAUCAGCGUUGCAAAAUGCAAAUUUUGGGACGCGAUGGCAGAAUCUACGUGAGAACCGAAAACGAACAGAUGAAAAAGUUUCACAGGCAACAGUAGAACAGAUAAUAACAGACAUUGUAGAUCCCCAGAAAAUUCAACAACUUCUUUUCAAGCUUUAUGCUGGUCAAGCUGAUCUACCCAAUUUACAUGGAGGAAUAAAAGACCCAAAUGAAGCUAUGAAGCUAUUCAUGGAAUGGCGGUGCAGCAGGUUCAGUGAAAAUCCGAAUGCUGUCCUAAGCCUUGCUUUAGGCAAGUCUGGAUGCUCGGAAAUCAGCAAAAACUUUUUCGCCGGAAUGAUAUCGUUCCCUGAACUUUGGACAUUAAGCCGCAGUAUGACUGAACAUAUGGUUGAAGCAAAUGCCACUCUGAAAAACUUAUCCCUGGGAGUAGGACGAAGUAGGACAGACGAAGAGAUAUAUGUUCAUCUGUGUGAUUGGAAAGAAAAAAACACAACCGUUAACCAAGGAAAGCUAUUACUUGAUGCACUAACGAAGGCUAAUUUCAAGGAAGCAUGGAAAGAUAUAAUGGAACUCAGAGAAAAGAGAACUAACGAUGUCGCAGAUAAAACAAUCGAACAUAUCCUCUGGCAAAUAAAAGAUCCUGACAAACUUCGACGCUUCCUUCAGAAGUUAACAGGCAAGGUCCCAUCUUUUGGUUCCUCACAAAUAAUUCAACAAAACACCAUCCAGGAGGCAACGCAGCAGGUUGUAGAGUGGAAGCAUCAAGAUCUUGAUGAAAAUCCAUAUAUCCUGCUAAGUCAUGCUCUCGAGAAGACUGAAUGUAAACCAACAGACAGAUCAUUUUUCAAAGUGCCACAUCACCUCGUAGGGGACCUCAUCGAAUGUGAGGUUGAAGGCUUUGCUGACAGGCUGACAAGUAGGCACGUCAAAUCAUUGUUGCAGUGUGUAGAUAUGGACUCGAAAGAGGACGCAAUAGUUACUGCAAAUAAUGCCACACUGUUCAACACGGAUGCAAUGGUGAAUGAAUGGAUCAGACAGGCGACGUGUAGCAAUUACGAAAAAAGGUUGAAACUUCAUGAGGCAGUGGUCAGCAUUGGUCGACAAGACAUAAAAGAUGAGCUGUGGACAGACCUUAACCCUGGCAGAGACCUAGGAAUUCAACAUGGAACAAGAUCAUCUGGCCUUGUAAAACAUGUAAAAGGUACAAAAUCAUAAAUUUCGGGGAUAGAUAAUCCAUGAAAAUCCAUAUUUUAUUGUUCGAAAUAGACAUGAAAUUAAAUACUCCGAAAAUUUGCUUUGCCCAAUUGAUCGUGGGCCCAGCAGCCGCUGUGCAGCGCUAGAUCGACGAGGCUCUAUCCCUUUAAUCAUCGAACGCCAAACAGGGUAGCAGCAACUCCCAUCUUUUAACGUCUUUUGGUCUGACGCGGCCGGGGUUUGAACCCCCGACCUCCCGGUUGUGAGACGGACGCUAAACCAACUUAGCCAACACACCGGUCAUCAUACGCAAGCGCACUUUUCGGAUAAGGGAUUGGCCUGUACACCCCCCCCCCUCUUCCCACAUACACUCACUCUUCAUU